GUUUCGCUCUUGAGCAAUUAAAACUGCUUGAUAGUAUAUGAUGUCGCCAUAUCUUUACUCUGGAGCAUAGCGACCCAAAUGCGUUAGAUUAGAUUAGUUGAUUAAACAAUAGAACUGUGGAAACAAAGCGCAAGCUGCAUGACACAAUUCAAUCAGGCGUCGCAUCGCUUGGCGUGCAGCAUCCCAAUCAGCGGCAAUUUGAGUGGUUCCAGCGCCAAAGCCAACUACAGCAACAAAAAUAAUGCGCCCCCCCUCUGGGGUCGGUUGGCUAACAGUUCGUUUGAAUGGAAUACGCGAACGCGACCAGCGAAAUUAUAAAAAUAGAUUCGAAAUUUGUAGUGUUCGGGCAGGCCAGAGUAGUUGCGGAAAAUUCGAAACUUAGCCAGAGCUUUCCGAUCCGCCGUCGCGUCGCAUCGUUGCUGAUGUUGAUGUUGUCGUUGUCCAAGUGUCGUCAUCAAUGAAGAGCGUCGGCCCAAUUUAAUUAAAGACUCUUUCAAAUAAUUUUCGUGUUGCGCCGCUCUGGCCGAGCGCGUUUAGUUCGAUUCUGUGCGAAGCUGCGUGCGGGCGUCUAUCUUUGUUUUUGUUUUUCUCAUUAAACAUUUUAUUCUUAGUGCUCCCGAGCAAUAGAUAAUCGUAUCUUAUUUGAAAAUAUACUAAAAGUGCGCUGCCAAGUGAAGCGAUAAUAUAUCAGCUCCCCUUUGCUCAGCCCCCUUCCGCCGCUCUGUCAGUAUGAGUGCAGCGCCUGCUCCAGUAGCGUCUGGCGCUCCACUUGAGCUCAAUCUGGGCGCCGAGAUCUUUCACAGCAUCGCAUCCGCCGCGGCCGAUGAGAAUGUGAUUGUAUCGCCGCUGCUGCUGGAGGCGACGCUGGCGCUGCUCUACCUGGGCUCCGAUGGGACGACGGCGGAGGAGCUGCAGCGGCUGCUGAAGCUGAAGCAGCGCUUCGCCAGCAAUGCUAAGAUGGCCAAUUACUAUGCAGCCGAGCUGGCUGCAGCCACCGGCGAUCCGGACACACGCAUCCAGCUGCAGAAUCGUUUGCUGCUGCAAGCCAGCGCCGGCGCGAGCAUCGCGGAUGACUUCCAGAAGAUUGCCCAAACGUAUUUCCAUGCGACAGCCGAGUGCCUCGACUUGCAGCAGUCCGAGAAGCUGCGCCGCUACAUCGCCGACAGCAUGCUCGCCAGCGUGGGCGGCGGCACCUGGCAGCAGCCGCUCCAGGUGAACGUCAGCCAGGUGGCGCAGCAGCUGCUGCUGCUGCUGCUCGCGGCGCGCCUGCACAGCAAAUGGUUUCUGCCCUUCAGCGCCUACCGCACCGGCCUCUACGAGUUCCACAACUCCACGGGCGAGCCGAAGCCAGUGCCCAUGCUCUUCGACGACGACAUGUUCGUGAAGUACGCGGAGCUGCGGGAGCUGGACGCGCGUGCCAUCGAGCUGCCCUACGAGCAUGCCGACGAACUGGCCAUGCUGCUAAUCCUGCCCAACAGCCGCGACGCCUCGGCCCUGGCCCAGCUGGAGGCCCAGCUGCGAGCCGUCGAUCUGGCCGCACUGCAGCAGCGCAUGCAGGUGGAGAGCGUUCAGGUGCUGCUGCCCAAGUUCUCCAUUGACUUUGAGUGCAGUCUGCGGCAGGCGCUUAAGCAGCUGGGUUUCUCGGAGAUCUUUGAGAGCUCUGCCAACUUCAAGCACCUGCAUUCAGUUGCCAAUCAGCCAAUUGUCGAUGUGCUGCACAAGCUGCGCAUUGACCUGAACGAAUCGGGCUCCGGCUCCGAGUUGCCGCCGCCAGCAGCAGGCUACAAGCCGAUUGUGAUUAGCAAUUCGUCGCGUCAAAAGUUCUUUCGGGCGGAUCAUCCAUUCUACUUUGCCAUACGGGGCGAGAAGUUGACCCACUUUGUGGGGCAUGUGGUGCGAUUUUAGUGGCCAUGAUGCAGCCACAUAAUAAUAAUAAUAAUAAUGUACAUCAG